UCACAUUGUGAGUAUUUCUACCAGGUCCAGUUCUCUCUUAAUACAUCCAUAAGUGUUCAGAAGAUCAGUAUUUCUGAUAACACUUGUUAGUGCUUCAUAGUCUAAUAUUUUAAGGUUGUACAUUUUCACACUAACUCGGUCGAAACGAUGCCCCACUACGAAGAAGUGACUGUGAGCGGAUAUGAUGAAUUCUGUCAGGCUGUGUCUGAGAGAAAAGGAAAGGAUAUUUUUGCUUAUUUCUCUGGCAAUAAAGACGCCCAAGGAAAGAGCUGGUGUCCAGACUGCGUGAAAGCGGAGCCAGUUGUAAGAGGAGAGAUGGCUCAUCUUCCUGAGGGCUCCGUCUUCAUCUACUGUCAAGUUGGAGAAAGGGCCUAUUGGAAAGAUUCAAAUAAUGACUUCAAGAAGACACUAAAGUUGAGUGGAGUUCCCACUCUGCUGCGAUAUGGCACACCUCAGAAGUUGGUGGAGGAAGAACUCUUUAAAGCAGAUCUGGUGAGGAUGAUGUUCACUGAAGACUGAAGGAGCCUGCGCUGUUCACAUCAGUCAUUUCAUCAUUUCUCUACUGCUAAACAAUACAUUUUUCCACCAUUGAAAUCCAGCAUCAUUGACAACCAUGCACAAGGUACAUCUCCUUCUGUAAUUUAAUGCAAAUCAGCAACUGUUUGAGUUUAAAACCAAAAUGUUGAGCAUUCUUUGUAAGACACAGCAAUGCAUUCAUUCUGUACUGGACCACCUGCAAAAGACAAACACGUACGUAUAAUCCAUAACUCACACUAAAUCUUCUUGUGCUGCUUUAUGUGCAAUCACUCAAUCCUGACUUGUGAUUUUAGCUUGAUACAUUUCUUCAAAUGUAAUGUUAAUCUUAACACACAAGAUCAGUACAAAAACCUUUUUUGG